AUGUCCGAUAACCAAAGUAACACCAUUGCAACUCUUACAGUACCUUUCAAUAGUUCUUUAGAGGAUAAAUCACCUAAUUUAUUUAAUAUUACAUAUAAUUCUAAUAAUACUAUUAGUAUUUUAUUUAUUACUUUAUUUAUAAUUUGCAUUAUUGUAACAUUAUUUAUUGGUAUAUUAUACCAAUCUAUUCAGGUACAUUACAGAGUACAUAGGAAUAAUCGUUUUGAUUUAAUAUCUAUUGAUUCUGGGUAUUUCGAAAAUUUUGACGAAGAUGACUAA